CAUGCCGACAGGAUCUCCGAGUCAGCUCCGCUUUCAAGUUCUGCUGUCGCACCGCUAAUUUUCAAACAAUCUCUUGCCGAAACAGCCGAGCUGUUUGGACGUAAACCGCGUCGCUUCGACGUGACGACUGACCCACGGUUACAAAUCAAGAGCACGACUGGUUCCAGCUGAUCCGUACCCGUCGCUCCCCCCGGAGCCGUCGGCGUCGGGAUGUCCGGGAACGUUCCCGCCGACGCGGCGGGCUCCCUUCUGGACCGGGCCCUCGACUCCGCCGUCUUCCUGCUGCGCUCCUUCGGCCCGACCGCCUUCCUGCUCAGGGAGGACGGGGAGACCAAAAACUUCAAGGUGUGUUUGGGCGAGCGUCACACCUGCACCUGUCCGACGUUCGCCAGGGAGCGGCGGCCCUGCAAACACGUCUGCUGGAUUUUACUCAAGAAAUUCCACCUACCCAGAGAACACCAGUAUGCCUCUCUGCCGGGCCUGUCGGAGCGCCAGAUGAUGGAGGUUCUCCAGGGUUCGCACCGGGCUAAGGCCCCCGCCGCUGCUGGACCUCGGGCUUCGGCCUCCGAAGAAGAGACCGGACUCGUCGGCCGGAAAGAGAUCGACGACCGCGACGUCUGUCCCAUCUGUCUGGAGGGGCUCCUGUUGAAGAAACAACCCGUGUGUCACUGCAGGUACGGCUGCGGUAACGGCGUCCACAUCUCCUGCAUGAAUGUGUGGGCCGACCACCGGGACCCGUCGGACGGCCGGGAGAUGCUGCGGUGCCCCCUGUGCAGGGAGAGCUUCGGCUCCCUGAGGCUGCUCCGGGAGCAGGCCCGGAACGCGGCCCGCCUCUUCACGGCGGCCGAGAGGGAGCGAGCAGAGAGACACCUGGGAGUGGUCUGCUACUGCUGCACGGUGGGCCCGGUCACCGGGACCUGUUAUAGAUGCCUCCUCUGCAGCUCUCUGUAUUUCUGCGAGACCUGCGUAAAGAAAGGGAGCCACUCCCAGCAUCCCCUCGCGUCGAGAACGACGAGACAAGAAGAGUGGACUCCCGCGUCUGCGAGCUCCGCCCCGGAUCCGGAGCCGCCGGCCGGCGGGUGCGUAGAGGGAGGGUUCGGUUCCGGCCGUGCUCAGGCGGUAGCCCGGUGUCGCCUUCCCCUCCGCCGCGGUCCGCCGGAGCCUCCCGCGGACGUCGUGUUGGAGCGUGUUCCCGCGACCGUGGUGAGGCGCGGUUCUCGGCUGCUGGACGAGGGGAUGCAGUGUCGGAUCUGCCUGCGGGCAUUCCGUGAGGGUCAGCGGCUCAGAACUCUGCCCUGUCGACACGAGUUUCACCUGGACUGCGUGGACCCCGUCCUGCUGAGGUCACGCUCCUGUCCCUUGGACGGAUACGUCGUCUACUGUCGGAGACCGACGGACGGGGACGGCUCUCCCGAGGUCGCCUCCGUCCGGCGGCGGGAAGAUCGCCUGAACGACCUGUUUGUCCCCGGGACGGCCCUGCUCGCUCAAAGUGAAAGACCCUCUCCCGUGUGCGCACCUCCGACCGCCGACGUACCGACGGACGCCUUGUCCUUCGGUCGUCUGCCUCGCGACUUCCGCAAAAAGAGCCUGGGCGACGCGGCGGCCGAGAAAGGCAAAGUGCGUUCGAAAGACGUGGACGAGGACGCCGAUCGACACGCCGUGGGAGAUGGCUUGGAGUUGACGAUGACCGGCUUUUCCAUAAACAAACGAUAAAAGCGU